UCCUCCCACACUGUAUAAACUCUCCUGACGGUGCAGUGAGGCGAGGCCCUGCAGCACUCUCACUCCUUCUCUGCUGUAAUUCUUGACCACAUCUGCAAACAUGAUGACCGGAAUGAUUAUAAAGAACAUGUCCUUCAAGGUCGGGCAGACUCUGACCAUUGUUGGAGUCCCUAAGCCUGAUGCUACAAAUUUUGCUGUGAAUAUCGGCCCUGAUGACAAGGAUAUUACAAUGCAUAUCAACCCUCGUUUUAACGCCCAUGGAGAUGAGAAUACGGUGGUCUGCAACUCUUACCAGGGAGGCAGCUGGUGUGAAGAGCACCGUGAGGGAGGUUUUCCUUUCCACCUGGGAGAGGAGUUCAAGUUGACCAUCACAUUCACCCCUUCGGAGUUCCAGGUGAAUUUAUCAGAUGGCUCUACAAUCCAUUUCCCCAACCGCAUGGGUGCGGAGAAGUACUCAUUCAUCAGCUUUGAUGGGGAAGUUCGCAUCACAAGCUUUGAAAUCAAAUAAACCUCCACCCUCCCAGGAAUCGUUGGAUUGAAAUCCUGUUUUACUUUUAAAAAAAAUUUGUCUGGCAUCAGGUCACUUAUUGCCCCAGCUUUCAAAUUCCUGGUAUAAGUAGUGCCUUACACGCUUAUCACAUGAGGUACAGUGCAAGAAUUGAGCUUGUUUACAAAUGCAGAUUCAGUAAACUACAGAGAAGACUACAGAUGAGAUAGAGACAUACAUAGUUAUAAUGCUCAGAUGUACACGCAGAAACACAUACAGCAAAUAUCACUGCAUGUCCUUCUUGCACACGUGACAGAAAAGCAAACCAAACAUAAAGUACCCCAAAGUUGUCUGAGUGUUAUUUGCUUUGCAGUUUCAACUGUUAAGCUUAAAAGAACCUACCGCAUAAAAUGUGAUCAGUUGUCAUUUAAGGUGCCUUGAAAAUGCAUUGUGCUUUUUUUUUUCUUUCUCCCAAACAUUCCAGUUUUGUAACUGAGUACAUUGCUUGCCUGUAUUAACACAUAUUAAAGCAGGAUAAAACAUG